AUGUCCGAUAUCAGCAUCAAUGGCAUGUUUGAUCUGUCAGGAAAGACAGCACUUGUUACAGGAGGAAGCCGAGGACUGGGCCUUCACGCAGCUACUGCUUUAUUACUAGCAGGCGCGAAAACCAUCUUUAUCAGCGCCAGAAAAGCUGGCGGUGAGCAGGGUAUCGAUCAGGCUGUGAAGCGCCUCAACGAUCUUGCCGCGAAGCAGGGUCUCAAAGGUCGUGCCAUUGGCAUUCCAGCAAAUGUAGCACAAGAAGAAGAUAUCAAGCGGUUGGUUGAAGAGGUAAAGAAGCACGAACAGACUCUCGACAUCCUGCUGGCCAACGCAGGCGCAACUUGGGGAGGUCCAUUCGAGCCAACUCCCGACUGGAGCAGCCAGAAGAUCUUGGACCUCAACGUUCGAGGCGUGUUCAAUCUCGCAAGACUGUUUGCCCCCAUGCUGGCAGCAGCAGGAAAGGCAGAGGAUCCUUCACGAAUAAUCGUCAUGUCAUCUGUGGCCGGAACGAAUGUCGCUCAAGUUGGAGACAAUGGCACGAUCAUGUAUAGCGCCUCAAAGGCAGCGGCGCAUCAUCUCGCUAGAAACCUCGCCGUUGAGUUGGGUCCCCGUAACAUAACCGUCAACACUAUCGCCCCGGGCUUCUUCCCUUCUAAGCUUGCGAACGGACUAAUUGAGAAUCUCGGUGGCGUCGAGCAGCUUUCAAAAGAUAACCCAAGGAAACGUCUCGGCGAGCCAGCAGAUAUUGCAGGCGUGACUCUCUUCCUCUGCUCCAAGGCCAGCAGCUAUGUGAAUGGCGAAUACAUAUCUGUAGAUGGUGGCCAGAGGUUGAGCAGCGGAAGGUUGACAAAGAUAUGA